GGACCAUUCUCAUUUUCAUUUCAUUUAACACUCAAUGGAGGGACGGACACUCCAGUCCUUAAUGCUGUCGAACUAGUUUAGGAAAACGGCUCAAUUCACCGCUGUCGAAAUGAAGUAUAAGAAUCUUAUGGCAAGGGCCUUAUAUGACAAUGUCCCAGAGUGUGCUGAGGAGUUGGCUUUUCGCAAGGGAGACAUCCUGACUGUGAUUGAGCAGAAUACAGGAGGACUAGAAGGAUGGUGGCUCUGCUCCUUACAUGGGCGGCAAGGCAUCGUUCCAGGCAACCGUGUGAAGCUUCUGAUUGGUCCUGUGCAGGAGAUCCCUGCUAGUCAGGACCAGCCUCCUUCUGGACUGAUGCACCAGACCUUUGUCCAACAGAAGCUCUAUCAAGUGCCAAACCCACAGGCUGCUCCUCGGGAUACCAUCUACCAAGUGCCACCUUCCUAUCAAAACCAGGGAAUUUACCAAGUCCCUACUGGCCAUGGUACUCAAGAGCAAGAUGUGUAUCAAGUGCCACCACCAGGGCAGAGGAGCAUUGGGGGAACCAAUGGUCCCCAUUUAAGUAAAAAGGUAAUAACCCCAGUAAGGACAGGCCAUGGCUACGUGUACGAGUACCCAUCCAGAUACCCAAAGGACACUUAUGAUGUACCUCCCUCCCAUACCACUCAGGGGGUGUACGACAUCCCUCCCUCAUCAGUGAAAGGCCCUGUGUUUUCAGUGCCGGUGGGAGAGAUAAAACCUCAAGGGGUAUAUGACAUUCCUCCUACUAAAGGGAUGUAUGCCAUUCCACCUUCUGCUUAUCAAGAUGAAGCAGGACUUAGGGGGAAAGAGUAUGAUUUCCCCCCUCCGAUGAGACAAGUUGGAAGGCCAGAAGUCAGACUGGAGGGAGUUUAUGACAUCCCUCCAGCCACCACCAAGUCAGUAGGGAAGGACCUUAACAUAAAAUACAACUGUGAUGUUCCAGGAGCUGCUGAGCUGGUGUCCCGCAGGCACCAGAGCAUGUCCCUGAAUCAUGGACCUUCACCACUAGGACCACCGGUGGGCACUCAGAGCGAUGCAUAUGAUGUCCCACGAGGAGUUCAGUUUCUGGAACCACCAGCAGAAACCAAUGAGAAAGCAAAUCUUGAAGAAAGGGAUGGUGUUUACGAUGUUCCGCUACAUAAUCCGCCAGACACUAAAGGGUCUCAGGAUGUGGUGGAUGGAAUCAACCGGUUAUCUUUCUCCAGUACAGGCAGUACCAGGAGUAACAUGUCUACAUCUUCCACCACCUCAAAGGAGUCCUCGUUGUCAGCCUCCCCAUCUCAAGACAAACGGCUCCUCUUGGAUCCAGACACAGCUAUUGAGAGACUCCACCGGCUCCAGCAGACCCUGGAGAUGGGUGUCUCCAGCCUCAUGGCACUGGUCACCACAGACUGGCGUUGUUAUGGAUACAUGGAGAAACACAUCAAUGAGAUACGCAUGGCAGUGGAAAAAGUGGAAUUGUUUCUGAGGGAGUACCUCCUCUUUGCCAAGGGAGCUCUAGCAAAUGCCUCCUGCCUUCCAGAACUCAUCCUCCAUAACAAAAUGAAGCGGGAGCUCCAAAGAGUCGAAGACUCUCACCAGAUUCUAAGUCAAACCAGUCAUGACUUAAAUGAGUGCAGCUGGUCCCUGAAUAUCCUGGCCAUCAACAAGCCCCAAAACAAGUGUGAUGAUCUGGACAGGUUUGUGAUGGUGGCAAAGACAGUGCCUGAUGAUGCCAAACAGCUCACCACAACCAUCAACACUAAUGCAGAGGCCAUCUUCAGACUAGGCCCUGGCAGCUUGCAUCUAAAGAACGGACCUGAGAGCAUCAUGAAUUCAACUGAGUACCCACACAGUGGCUCCAACAAGGCCCAGGCCCACAAUAAGGGAUUGUCCCCAAGCCUGGGCAAGGACCAGCACCCUGAUUGUAGCAGCAGUGAUGGCUCUGAGAAGAGCUGGAUGGAUGAUUAUGACUAUGUCCACCUACAGGGUAAGGAGGAGUUUGAGAGGCAGCAGAAAGAGCUGUUGGAAAAAGAAAAUAUCAUCAAACAGAACAAGAUGCAACUGGAACAUCAUCAGCUAAAUCAGUUCCAGCUACUGGAACAAGAAAUCACAAAGCCCGUGGAGAAUGACAUCUCAAAGUGGAAGCCUUCUCAGAGCCUCCCAGCCACAAGCAACAGUGUGAGUCCUCAGGAUAGGCAGUUGCUCUGUUUCUACUAUGACCAAUGCGAGACCCAUUACAUUUCCCUUCUCAAUGCCAUUGAUGCUCUCUUCAGUUGUGUCAGCUCAGCCCAGCCCCCACGGAUCUUCGUGGCACACAGCAAGUUUGUCAUCCUAAGUGCACACAAACUGGUGUUCAUUGGAGACACGUUGACAAGGCAGGUUGCUGCCCAGGACAUUCGCAACAAAGUGAUGAACUCCAGCAACCAGCUAUGCGAACAGCUCAAGACUAUAGUUAUGGCAACCAAGAUGGCUGCCCUCCAUUACCCCAGCACGACUGCCCUGCAGGAAAUGGUACAUCAAGUGACAGACCUGUCUAGAAAUGCUCAACUGUUCAAGUGCUCUUUGCUGGAGAUGGCAACAUUCUGA